ACGAGACAGGGUAACAUUAGCGAUGACUAAGAGUUCUACAUUAUUUAUAGUGGAAUCCAGAUACAAAAUGAUAGGAACUUGCGCUGUGACUAAUACAAGUCUGCCUUUUCUCUUGUCACAACGUCGUUGACAGUGGUAACACCUACAGCUUGUAAGAUGACACCAGCAGCUUUCACAAGGCGCAGAGGGGUGUUUCAUUGAGAAGUGGAGGUAGCCUACGUUCUUAUUGCACAUUUUCCAUUUAGCGGACCUGAGAAGAUAACCUGUAAGUGAUGUUUGGUGCUGCUGUGCCGACACACACAGUCUCUUUGUUGAUUUUUACUGGGGGAAUUUAUUGAACAGUUUUACUUACUCAUUGACUCUGCAAAAGAGGAGGGAACCAUGAACAGUCCAGCGGAAACAGAGGACGACCAAUACAGUCCAAUACAUCUCACUGGGCUCGGAAUAUGUUGCCUCCUCAGUCCCAAACAGCACCACGAUGGGCCUGGUCUGGAGAGCCCACAGCAGUACACCAAAUGGCUCCCCAGCCGCCACGAGGCCAGCCUGCUGCCCAUGAGAGAAGACCUGGCUCUCUGGCUCAACAUAUUUCUAGACUCUGGGGUCACGGCUGACAGCCUGAUGGACAGGCUGGAUAAUGGGGUUCUGCUGUGCCAGCUGGCCGAGGAGCUACAGGAAAGGAUGAUCCAAUGCAGCAAUGGCAAGCCCUUCGUCCGCAGGGGGAUUAAUUGGCGAGCUGAUGCUGCUUCUGGCUCUUUCUUUGCCCGGGACAACGCUGCCAACUUCCUCUACUGGUGUCGGAAGAUUGGUGUGGAUGAGACCUACCUGUUUGAGUCUGAAGGUUUGGUGAUGGAUUUGCAGAAUAGAGCAAUGACCAGAGCAAAGAGCAAAGGAACUUCAUUGCCAAUUUCAAAGAUCAAAGGUUACCUAUGGACACAGUCGGGAGUGCUCCACAAACAGCCUCGGGAGGUGUGUCUCUGUCUUAUGGAGCUGGGAAGGAUUGCAGCCAGGUAUGGUGUGGAGCCCCCAGGGUUGGUGAAGCUGGAGAGAGAGAUGGAGAGGGAGGAGGGAGGGUCUCUCACCCCAUCGUCACCUCUGGCCUUCCCCUCACCCACAGCUCUUCCCUUAAUCUUACCGCUGCUCCGUGCUCCUACACCCCCUGCUUCUGUAUCCCCACCUCCCAGUCCAAGCACACCCCCUUCCCCAGCCCCAAUAGACCCUACACCUGCAACUUCCAUCUCAUCCUCGUCAACCACCACUAGCACAACUUCCACUCAAACCUCAUCUGUUAUCACUGUCACAACCUCCACUCAGACCCCUCCCACAACACCAACCACAGAUCCUAUCUCAGCCCUGAGCCUUACAGAGACCCCUGUCUCCCCAUCUCCACAUCCUCCACCACUGCCGUCACCUCCAUCCCAACCCUCACCCUCCCCCUCACCUAAGCCCAAGGCGCGUCGUCCAAGCAAAUCAUCUGCUAAGAAGACUCCAAGCACAUGCGACUUGUUGGAUGACAUUGUGAGAAACAUUAUCAGGGACACGCCAUGCAGCUGCCCCACUAAGUUCCCUGUGGAGAAGCAUCCUAAAGGAUGCUACCGUGUCGGGGAGAAGAUCCUCUACGUACGAAUGCUGAAUGAGCGUCAUGUGAUGGUGCGCAUCGGGGGAGGCUGGGAGACCUUGGGAUGUUACCUGCUGAAGCAUGACCCCUGCCGGAGUCCACCGGUCACCCCGGUCAGGACCUGUUGGGCCAAAGGCAAGUCCCCCAACAUGAAGGACCUCUUACCACUGUCACCAGACAGCUACAUGGUGGUGGGGGCACACUCCCGUGCCAAGAAAUAAAACAUGAAUCUGUUCAACCAUAACAGAUAACUGACACCACAACCUAGCAAUGAAGCUUCCUGGUUAUGCUGAGCAUAUGAUGUUUUUUUCUGGGGAUUUAUUUGAAUGAAAGCUAUUGCCUAGUGACCAGAGGUGUGUGUGUGUGUGUGUGUGUAGAUUUAUCUUUGGUGAAGUUGGGUUUAGUGGCUCACAUGUAUGUAGAAUGGUAUAUUUUAUCAUCUAAAGGAAUUCAACAAAAUACCUGGUAUGGUGUUAUUUUGGGGCAGCAGGUAGCCUAGGUGUUAGAGCGUUCGGACAGUAACCGUAAAGUUGCUAGAUCAAAUCCCUGAGCUGACAAGCUAAAAAUCUGUUGUUCUGCCUGAACAAGGCAGUUAUUAAUAACCCAUUGUUUCUAGGCCGUCAUUGUAAAUAAGAAUUUGUUCUUAACUGACUUGCCUAGUAAAAUAAAAAAAUAAGAUUCUUUUGAAAAAGUGAUCUUACCUGUAAAAAUCGAUCCUGUAGUCUUUAAAAGAGUUGAUUCAGAAUGGCUAGUAUAGCUGAGAGGUAAUGGCAUUUAGAAUUGUAUUUUACUACAUUGGAUGAGGGCUCAUCUGAAGACUGUCCAGUCAUUUCUCUAUAAGAAUUGGUUUAUUGUAUUAUAAAAUAUUUUUGUUAGAACCCUGAGAGAAGACGAUAUAGGGAUCAGUUAUGAAAGGUUUAUUUUUCAUUAUUUGAUGUAUAUUCUGGAAUGUACUCUGAUUGAAUAUCAUGUAAUGACAUCACAUGGGCAUGAAAAAGGGCAAAAAUGUGAACUAUCAAUGUAUCUGUAGUCAGAUGUUCGAUGGUUAGCUAUUACCUUGCAGCCUUGACUUUUUCUGUUGCUGGAAUUAACACGACUGAGGACACAGCCAGAAAAUACACAACUCUCCUCUAGGUGGCACUGUGUCAUAAGCAAUAGAUGGUACAAGUAACACUUAGCCCAGGGUUUCUUAGCCUCUAUGGCUGAAUUUAGACAUGCAGCACAAUUAGGAUAUUUUUUUUGACCAAUCAAAUCAGCCUUAUUAAGAUGAUCUAAUUUGAAAAGACCUGUGAUUGGUCAAAAGACCUAUUGGUGGAAAAGAAGAUCAGAAUUGGGCUGCCUGUCUAAAUGCAGCCUAAUAUUAUUACAGGGAAUUCAUCCACUGAGGUCCACUUAAAGUAAGUCUAGCAUUUGGACUAAAUCAGUGUCAGCUCACUAACUGACAGAUGUCGGCAACAUCCAUGUGAUUGUUUUUAAAACCUCAUAAAUGCUGUAUUAAGUUUGGAGAAUGAAUAUGUGCUACAUACUGAUGAAAGACAAACUGAGAUGGAUGAUGGUUGUUUUUUUUAAUUGUCAAAUCAUGGCAUUCAUGUAAUUCCUCUGAAAAAUGUGCCACAUGUCCAACCAAAACUUUACUGCAGUGGUUGCAAGAACCAUAAUAGCCUAUUUGAUUAUACUCUCUAUGAGUGUGAAAUUGUGUACAUGUAAGCCAAAAUGGGCAGUAUACGGGAAGAGGUUUACCUAAGCUCAGUGUUUUUCUGUUGUGACAUAAGAUGACAAAAUACAUGAAAUAUACAGACACAGUUGACUUAUUAAUUACAUUUUAUUUCAGUAAAAUAAAUUAGAUUAAAAAAUGGACACAAGUUUGAAUACAUUAAAAGAAAUGAAACAUAAUGAUCUCAUGCGAGACUAUAAUGUCUUUUAAUCGUCUUUCUCCAUCCUCGUGGAUUGAACCAGUAUAAAUGACGUGUAGAAAAUCAUAGCAGUGCUACUUAAAGAGGUGCCACUUGAAAUUGUGGCAUUUGUACAGUGUCCCACAUUGCUCACACUGAACACUUUCCAGUUCCUCAUGAAACACUAGAAGUCCCAAUAAGAGAACUACUUUGCUGUCACUUUUGCAUACAAGUUGUAUAUUGUGCUUACCCCUUCUCUCAUUCUUUUUUACGUGGCCAUUUGACCACUUUUUCAGAAAUCUUGCUCUGCUACCCAGAUUUUUCUCUAUCAACCGGAUUAGCAACAAAACCUUUAUCAUGAUUCAAACAACGCAAUUGCAAUACAUGUAUUGUUUAUUGUAGCAAUUAUCCAUGCAUUCAAUACCAUUGGCCAAUUUAGAGAUCUAAGGGACAAAAGCUGUACAUGUGUGUUAAUAUAAACUGGAGGAGAAGACUGUGGAUGAACUCAGAAUGGCAGCAGAACACCACCAAUAUCCACAACUCUUUUACAAGUCUGAGGUGGUGCUACAUGUAGUAACAAUGUUGGGAUGUUUCACUUUGUAGUCACUUUGAGGCAAUGUUUUUAUCUACAGUCAAACACUAAUUCACUGGAAAGGUUAUAGCUCAUCACCUCACCUCAUAACACUGCUGAAAAAGUGUUACAAUGAGUGUGCUUUUUUAAAAUAUAGGUAACAAAACGGUGUUCCUUGAGUACUCUGUACUCACAAAAUACAUAAAUUCCAUCUUACCUGUAAUUCCAUCUUAAUUCAUGUAUAGUGCUAGCCUCCGAAGCCUGUCUGAACCCAGACCUGCCAAAAACAACAUGGCCUGAGUUUCAUCCCAGACCCUUUAUGUAAUACACAAGUGUGCUUGUAUCAUUAUUACACCUCUCAAGUCCUGCAAGAACUGGGUACUUACAGAGUACAUUAAUCAAAUGUUACCCAAAUGAGGGCCUUUUGACCUCUCCUGAUCUCUAUGAAUUGCGAAGGGGACUCAGAAAACUGCAAUGGGCCAGUAUGACUGCCUGUUGCCUGGGGCAAAAGUGGCACUGAAAUUAGAAAUGGUGAGCUCCCUCAAUUCAUUCAGCAGGAAAGUGGUCGACUCAAUAGGGAUCCUUCAUACUGAAGUGAUGCAGAUGAUGCUUUAACAGGACAUCAUGUUGUCUGCUUACAAGAUGCCACAUUAUUGGUCUUGUCUCCAAGAGACCUGAGCUGAUUCCUAGUUUCCCCUACUGAGGAAGAAUACAGAGAACAGCUAUGUGCAAGAGCAGACACCCCUGCAUCAAACGUGAGGAGAGAAGGAUUGGUAGACAGGAAAAAACAACAUACCAGUGGUGUUACUGAUGUAAACAUGAUAUUGAGUAUGACUUUUUACAGCCCUACUGCUCUCUCAAUGUAAAUCUCAACAUUACCCAUUUUCACUUACAGAAGAAUAUUGACAAAAAAUGUUGUGUUGAAUAAGACAUGGAUUCAAUGAUACACUUUAACAGAAGCUUUGGGAAUCUAUGCUGUGCAAAUACCUGCAUUUUGCAGCAGUUCACACAAAACAAAUCACUCAAUGGAUUGAUACUUGCUACAAUGUGUUGUGCUAUGUGAAAGGUUUUUGUGACAGAAUACAUUAAAUGCAAGUUCAACACUGGUGUCUGCCAUUCAAUUCCUGCCAAAUCCAAGACGGCAGGUAUUGUCACUUAUAACUGUAAAUUACCGUCUGUCAUUGUUUCUAAGUUUGAAUGUGUUACCAGAAGGUUACAUUUUUAUUCAUUGAACCCCGUCCUUCAACAUACAAUAUUUACUGAUCCUUAAAGGUCCAAUGCAGACGUUUUUAUUUCAAUAUCAAAUCAUUUCUGGGUAAUAAUCAAGUACCUUACUGUGAUUGUUUUCAAUUAAAACAUCUUCUCAGCAAAGAGCAAUUUCUCA